AUGAAUAGUGAAACCCUUGGAGUUGUUGAUAAAGUCAAUAAUAAAUAUGUUGAGAUUACAGCAGACAAUCAUAUUAAAACAUAUUUCAUUGAUAGCAAAGAAGUUAUUAGUGAUUGUUUUGAUAAAGAACAUUUAAAGAAAAUUAGUGCAGUUACAAUUACAAAUAUUAAAAAAAGUAAUGGAAGUAAUGAAAAUAAAAUGAUUGUUGCAGUUGGGAAUGAAGAAGGAUUAGUUAGUAUAUGGGAUGUUAAUAAAGAAAAGAUUGAAGAAGAAUUUAAUGUAAUGAAUAAAGUUACAUGUCUUAAAUUUUAUAAAGAAGAACUCAUUAUUGGAACGAAUGGAGAUAGUAUUACAUUAAUUAAUAUAAAUAAUAAAGAGAAAAGAACAAUUAAAGGAAAUAAAAGAGGAGUUAAUUGUAUUGAAGUUGUUGGGAAUAAAAUAAUUGUAGGAAGUAGUGAUGUUAAAGUAUAUGAAAUAGAAGGAUUAAAAAAAGUAGUUAAACAAAGUAAUCAUUUAGAUAUGACUAAAGGAAUUAUUGGAUUAAAUAAUAAAGAAUAUAUAACAUAUGGAAAUGAAAAAAAUAUUUAUCUUUGUUCUAAUGAAACGAGUAUUCAAAUUCAAAGUUUUACAUUAACAGGAAAUCCAAUUAAAGUAGAAGCAAUGUAUGUUAAUGAAAAUAAUAUAUUAAUUGCAGGAUUAAUAAAUAAUGGAAGUAUUGAUAUAAUAUUAUUUAAAAGAAAUUGUAGAAAAGCAAAACCAAUUGGAAGUAAUUGUAGAAUUCAAAUUAAUAGUGAAAUAGAUGAUUUAGUUAUUUAUAGUGAUAGAAUAAUGAUUAUUCAAAGAAAUGAAGAAUUAAAAAUUGAAUAUAUAAAAAUAAUGGAAGAAGGGAAACUUGUUAAAGAUAGUGAAAUAAAAGAAGAAAGUAAAAAGAUUGAAGAAAGAAUAAUAGAAAAGAAAAAUAAAGAAAAAAAUAAAGAAAUGAUAAGUGAAUCAAAAGAAAUGGAAAUUAUUGGAAUAGAAGAACAAAAAGAAAUUGAAACAACAUUUGAAAGAAAAAUGAAAGUUAUGGAACAACUUGGAAGUAAAGAAAGAGAAAAUAUAAUAAUAAGUAAAGAAAGUAUUGUUAUAACAUUAAUUAGAGCACUUGAAAGUAAUAAUAAAAUAUUAAUUGAAAGAUGUUUAUCUAUAGAUGAAGAAAAUGUAAUUAAAAAAACAAUAAAUAAUUUACCAAGUAAAUAUAUUGUAGAAUUAUUAAAUAUAGUAUGUGAUAUAUUUAAUAAUAAACCAACAAAAGCAUUUAUAAUGACAUUAUGGUUAAAAUCAAUAUUUGAACAAGAUUUAGCAUAUUUAAUGAGUAUUAAAGAUGUUUCAAAAAGUAUUGGAAAAUUAUAUGUAAUUGUUGAAAGUAGAACACUUUCAUAUAAACAUUUAUUAAGAUUAUAUGGAAGAAUGAAUUUACUUUUAUCUCAAAUUGAUAAAAAACAACAAUUAAAACAAGAUCAAAGAGGUGGUACUUAUAAUGAAUCUUCUGAUGAAGAACAAGAAGAAAAAAAAGAAAAUCUUGAAGAUUUUGAUAAUUCAAUUGAUAUGGAUGAUAAUUUAUAUAAUCCAUCAUCAACUAAUGAAGAUGGAAAUGAAAUGAGUGAAGAGAAAUUGAAAUGA